AUGGCGGCGCAAACAACGCGACCAAGGCCCAGAAAUUACCUCUACGUGGAGGAAGAGGACGAAUUCUCAAAGAGAAUUGAGAUUAGAAAGGAGGAUGUGCACAGGAUUUUGCGUAGCAUCGAAGGCCGGACACAUCCGCGUGAACCUGUUCGGAUUGCUCAAAAGGUGAGAUUUUUUUGUUGUUUUCUGUUUUUAGAUGAGAAGUUUUGAAUUAUCAGUUAGCAGAGGAUGUGCUUUAGACGAAUAUCGCCGAAAAUGCCGAAAUUUAUCCUGUUUUUAUGAGGAAACAGCUAAAGUUAGGUUGGGUUUACCUAAAAAAUGUUUAAAAUUUGGGUUUCCCCGAAUUUUGAUAGUCUUUGCGUUUUAUUCGUGUUAUUGUUGAUGUUUUCAGUUGUCCGGCCGGAUUUAUCGGUUUGCUGUGAACCAUUUUAGUCGGUUGCUGAGUGGAAAGAAGCCAGCGACUCCUCCAGAGCCAACUCAACGAUUGAAAAAGCCGCCAAAGUUUUCGAAGCUCGAUCGUUACGUCAGCAUUCAUAAUGCCACCUUCUACGAUGUUGCGUUUGUCAACGGCGAGGAGUUUCCUUCAAGAGUUCGCGAAUUGCUCAGUCAACCUCCUCCACCGCUUCCAAGGCAAAUAAGACAUGGCUGGGGGUUGUCGUUUUCUUCCUGGAAUAUGUUUCAUGAUGUAAGUUGCACGGUUUUUUUUGGGGAUUUGGUCGGAGACUUGAUUAUAUUGCGCGUGACGUCAUUUUUUGUAUUUAUUAUCCGUACAGAGUUGUGUUACGGAGUUGGACGAUUGCGGAAACCGAAAAUUAUUAUUUUUCUUCGAUGCAAGUGUGAAAUUAGGAUAAUCGAGGGUGGUGAUUUCGAAAAUGACAUUAAUUUUUUUUAUCUUUACCUUUUUCCUUAAGUAGUACUGUAAAGUAGUAUUUUUUUCAUAAAUACUCGAUUUAGGGGUUUUCGAUGGUGCUGAUUUCGUAAAUCUUAUUCAUUUUUUCUGAUUUGAAAGCAGCACCACCGUAAAACCCCCAAAUCGAGUAUUCGUGAAAAAAAAUUCAAAAAAUUACUACUUUACAGUACUAUUUAAAGAAAACAGUAAAGAUCAAAAAAAUGAAUGUCAUUUUCGAAAUCCCCACCCUCGAUUAUCCUAAUUUCACAUUUGCGUCGAAGAAAAAUAAUACUUUUCGGUUUCCCCAAUCGUCCCAGUUCCGUUGUAUUAUCUAUGGCAAGAUUUAUUUUUUCAGUCAGAAGAAAUGGAUGAAUUGACGAUUGGUCGACUUCCUGUUGCGCAAUCGACUGAUUUAGCUCGAGGCAACCUCGGAUACAUCAACGGACUUCGAAUUUGGGAGGUAAAAUGGCCUGUGAAUCAACGAGGAACUCAUGCUGUGAUCGGAGUCUGCACAUCUGCUCAGGAUAGACAAUCUCCAGGUUAUGUAGAACUCCUUGGACAUGGUGCGGAGGGCUGGGGAUGGGAUAUUGGUAAGUGUUUAGAUGUUUUUUUUUGUUUUGAUUUAGUGCUUGGAUGUUUUUGAGGAUGAUAUCGAUGUUACGAUUCUAGUGAACAACAGAUGCAUCCACAAUCAAAAAGAAUACCCGCCAUGGUCCUAUCCGAGAGCAGAGAUUAGAAAAAAUGGAUUCAAAGUGCCGGAAACCUUCUAUAUGAUCCUUGAUCUGGACGAUAAAACCCUGGCGUUCUGUACGGAUGACACAUAUUUCGGAAUAGCUUAUUGCCAUCUCAAGGGCCAUCCUAGAGUGUUGCAUCCGGCAGCAUCAGCCGUAUGGGGAAUGUGCAAGAUCACGUUGAAGUACCGAGGAUGUCUUCGUAAGUCCAGAAUAAUGUUAUUUUUGCUUGAAGUUUAGAAAUCAUAAGAGAAAAUGACUUACAGACAAACCUCAUGACCUCCAGAACCUCUGUCGUCGCAAACUACGCCGUCAACUGGGCCCUUACACCUUCAAUGAACGCCUCCCUUAUCUUCUACUACCUCCAAGAAUAAACGCCUACCUCAACUAUAAAUAUAUCCCGAACUACGCCUUCCUCAACAUCGACAAUCCCAGAUUGCGCGCAAAGGCCAUGAAAGCCGCUAAAAUCAUGGGAAUCGAACCGAAAAAGGAACAACCUCCUCGAGAAACAGAGAUUGCCAAAGUUAUUCAAUAG